AUGACGGCAGAAUCAUCCAAGUCACAAAGCCCUGCUUCUGCCUCGCGUGAUGACUGGGAUGCUUCUGAAGCUGGGCCGUUGCUUGCGCGGUUCGUUGGUGGCGGACAACUUGCCCCAGAUGCUGAUACUGAAGCCUCAACCCUUAUCGGCACCGCGUCGCCAGGUGACUAUGGAGCCGUAACUUCCUCUGGCGAUGGCACGGCGGAGGAAGCAGGCGUCACGAAGCCGGAGGGCAAACCCCUGCCGAAACUCCAGGUGUUGCUGCUCUGCUACGCGCGUGUGAUGGAGCCGAUUGCCUUCUUCUCCAUCUUUCCCUUCAUUGCGCAGAUGGUUCAGGAGAAUGGCAAUCUACCCAAGAGUGACGUCGGUUUCUACAGCGGUCUUAUCGAAUCGCUUUUCUCGGCCACGCAGAUGACGGUGCUUCUCAGCUGGAGUCGACUUGCGGACCGUAUUGGUCGGAAGCCUGUUCUUCUUAUCACGCUUUUCGGCACCGCUGUUGGACCUGUGUUAUUCGGCAUGUCCAAGACGAUCUGGCAGAUGAUCCUGUUCCGAUGUAUAGCGGGUCUAUUUUCCGGCUCUGGCCUUGUCAUCAGGACUAUGUUAUCUGAACUCAGCACCCCUGAGACACAGGCCAAGGCCUUCAGCUGGUUCGCAUUUGGUGGAAAUGUGGGAAUAUUUUUGGGUCCCAUCAUCGGUGGUGCUCUAGCGGAUCCAGCUCAUCAGUUUCCACGAGCGUUUGGAAAUGUCCAGUUCUUCAUCGACUAUCCCUACGCGCUGCAAGGUAUCGUUGUUGGUCUGAUUAGCUCUACAAGUUGCAUCACAACCGCUUUCCUUCUGAAAGAAACACUUCAUGAGCCGAAAAAGUCUCAUCAUGAAGAGAAUGGCCAGCCUCGAAUGUCAACCUGGGAACUCGUCAAGUCUCGUCAAGUGGCUCUCGUCCUUUGGGCUUACAGCCAUGCCAUGUUCCUCGCCUUCGUGUUCACGGCCAUUCUUCCUGUCGUUCUUUACACACCUGUUGAGCUGGGAGGCACAGGCUUUGACGCAUUCCAGAUCUCCAUUUACAUGGCCAUUCAAGGUGCUAGCCAAGCCAUGUGGUUGCUCAUAGCCUUCCCCAUACUUCACCGACGUCUUGGUACGCGCGGCGUCAUGAAAAUCUGCGGAUAUGCGUAUCCCUGGUUCUUCGUUGGAUUCAUCAUUCUGAACACGCUUUUGCGCGCAGAUACGCACGCUGCUACGGUUAUCUUCUGGAUUUUGGGCGCGGCGGUCACCAUCGUUGGACCUGGUGUCUCGAUGGCAUUCACAGGCGUGCAGCUAGCCCUCAACGACGUUGCGCCGGAUCCUCAUUUCUUGGGUACGUUGAAUGCUCUGGCCCUGAGUCUUGCGAGCGGUAUAAGAGCCAUCGUACCAGGUGCUGCAACGGCCAUUUAUGCCGUGGGUGUUCGUGGGCAGAUCUUCUACGGUCAUCUGGCGUGGGUGAUAAUGAUUCCUUGUGCUGUGGGCUUUACUGUAGCUUGUCAGUAUAUACCCGAGGGAAAGAAGUCUUCAAAGGAUGAUAACGAGGACGACGAGAAUGAAUCGUGA